AUGGCUCCUUCAAUCAACGACAUGCCUGUUGGCGAAACUACUGCUCCUUCGGCUUGUAAAGUCGGCAUCAACGGCUUUGGUCGAAUUGGUCGCAAUGUACUCCGUGCUGCACUCGUCCGAUCUGAUAUCCAGGUUGUCGCCAUUAACCACACAUGCGUCACCGUUGAUGACCUCAUCUAUCUUAUCCGCUACGAUUCUUCCAUGGGAAACUUAGAUGACCGAGUCGAGAUCCAAGCUGUCUCAGAUAACCUGAUUACCAUUGAUGGAAAGCGAGUUGCUCUUACAUCAGAGCGGGACUUGAAGAAGCUCAACUGGGCUUCCUUAGGAGUCGACUAUGUCCUCGAGUGCACAGGAAAGUUCACAAAGCGCGAGCUCGCCAUGGAUCAUAUUACCUACGGCAACGCCAAGCGUGUUCUUAUUUCCGCACCUAGCUCAGACGCCCCUACAUUUGUCUACGGUGUGAACUCCGAUGAUUAUACACCCAGUGAAGAGUGCCGCGUUGUCUCCAACGCAAGCUGCACAACCAACUGUGUCACUCCCGUCUUGAAGGUUCUCCAAGAGUCCUUUGGUAUUACUCAGGGUUUCCUGACUACCAUUCACGCCGCUACCCGAUCUCAGCAGGUUCUGGAUGGGUACAGCAAGAAGAACGCUCGUCUAGGACGCGGUGUUUUCAACAAUAUUAUCCCCACCACCACUGGUGCCGCCAAGGCCGUCGCAACAGUGCUGCCCGAACUGAAGGGCAAGGUGACCGGUGUCUCCAUUCGCGUUCCCACACCCAACGUCUCCAUGAUCGAUCUCACAGUCAGCACCGACAAGCCAACCUCUCUCUCAGAAAUCAUCUCCAAAUUCCGCCUUGCUUCUAAAUCGAGUAUGGCUGGCGUUCUCCAGGUUACAGACCAGGAGCUGGUGAGCAGUGACUACAAUGGUAGUCCCUAUAGCGCUAUCGUCGAUGCUCCCGCAUGUGCAGAGCUAAACCCUCAAUUCUUCAAGAUCAUGGCAUGGUACGACAACGAGUGGGGAUACUCAAACCGCCUUCUUGACUUGACCACUUUGGUGCAUUCCCAAGAAGCCAAUUAG